AUGGUAGUAUGGGCCGUGACUGGCAGACGAUGCUGUGUAGAUGGCAUUCACAGAGCAGUCAUGACCGAGCGUGAUGGACCGGCGACGGGUCGCACGUGCCAUGCUAUCCUCUCAUCUCUUCUGCCUGGCAUGGUUCGACUCGGCUCGACUGUGCUAGGGCUUGGCACGGCGGUGACGUCGUGUGAUGCUCCCGUCCGGCCCAUUGUAGGGGUCCUCAGCCCUACGGCCAGCUGUGCAGUACAUUCAAUGCGGGACCAGAACCGCGGAUAUUCGGAGCUAUCGAGGGAGUUUCUGGACAAGGGAACAGUCGUUCGGGAAAUGACUGGCGAGAACUGGGUGUCCACCAGGAGUGUGGCUCAUUCCUUGCACGUUGGGUCAACUGUCAAGGGUGGGAGCGAGCAAGAAGCGGUUCACUGCCACAACCGAGCGCGUGGUACGACGUAUCGUGACCGAGAAAAGGUGUAGGGUUGUUCUGGUUUCGACAAAGAAGUCAGUACUCUACUACAAUUCAGGUUGGCAUUGAGUUUCCGUGCCGUGCCGCGCCGCGAGGUCGGGGGGCGGAGCAACAAGAACGGACCAGGAAGGGAAUAGUAACAUAGCGGUGCGGCGGGGCAUUCCGGGACCGUUUGACUGAACCGCGCAUUUCAGUGGAGACAGUGCCUUCGGUGUCGCCGUCAUUUUCCUGCUCAGUGACUCUUCUCCGGA